CCUACCAAGUAUCACCUUCUUUCUUCUUCGAUUCUAUUCUCUCUUGAAUUCCAUAUAUAGGCUGAAGAAGUGAAGUACAGCAACUCUAAAUAUAUCCUCAGCCAGUUCUUAAAAAUCUAAUCCUUAAGAACACUCGACAAGUUUGAUAUUUUUGAUCCUUAAGAUUGUAUGGCUCAAGCUCAAGCUGCAUAUCCUCCUCCUCGAUCCUACCCAGCAGCAACGGUGGAGGGAUAUCCACCUCCUGGUGCCUACGCUGCACCACCUCCAGCCGGAUAUCCAGUAGCUGAGUAUGCCGGUGGUCAGGGACAAUUUCAAGCUCCCGGAGCAACCACCAACAGAUCAGGUCAAGGGUUCUGGGAAGGAUGUUGUUCAGCCCUUUGCUGUUGUUGUGUGUUCGAGGCUUGCUUUUAAUCAAGUUUAUUCAUAUAUACGGUAUGCUCUCCGCCGGGAGCAGCAGCCUUUAGGAUUCUUUUGACUCCUUGAUUUAUAAUUUUGUACUUGAAAUGUCGGUAAACGUGUAAUUUUUGUAGUUCGAAACUGGAAUACUAAAGCCAGCACCUAUGGGAUAUGAUUCAGUUGUGCUGGCAGUACUUGGUUAUUGUAAUAGUCAUCGGUUAAAACUUUAAUUUUUAUCAUAGAAACAUAUUCCGAAAUAUUAAGUUUCACUUCUUGUCAAGAAAAAUCUUUUUAUUUCCGGAAUUGAUUUCUGUUUUUUCUUUCUAAA